AUGAAUCACGAUUACCCUGACCCAUCAAAUUUGAGACAUGUACAACAACAAAAUCAUGAACGACGUCGUUUAUACCUACAACAGAGGAGGCAACGCUCAACUUCAGCACCAAAUGCUCAAACUGAACAACCACAAAGAGAAUUCGAACAUUUAUGCCUUCAAAACUUAAGCACUGAACAACGCUCAGCAAGAUUGGAGCAACGUCGUCUUGCUCAGCGCAGGCGAAGAUUGUUUAUUCGCGAACAAAGUGCGAGCUCUAAUGUGCAACAAAGAGAAAUUCAAAGGGAAAGUUGGCGUAAUUAUGCCAGACAAAGGAGGGCUGCUUUGACUACUGAACGGCGCGAACAACAACUAGCAAGGCGACGAACAAAUUAUCGACAAAGAAGGCAAAUAUCUGAAAAUCUCGAACAAACUUCUCAUCCAGAUCAAACUCAAAUCAAAGAGCAACCACGUAAUAGGCCCCAAUACAACCUUCCUAUUUCUCCUGAAGUUGCUACCGUUUUAGUAGGUGGUGAAGAAGCUGGAAAUUUAAAACCAAGAGAUAUCAUUGUCCAAUCAACCAGUGGUCACCUCCUAAAUAUUUCUGAUAUUGUCGGAUACUAUGAUCCAUUACAAUAUCCUCUGUUGUUACCCUAUGGUUCAUAUGGAUGGGAUGCAAAUACCAAAAUUCAUAUUCGCCCUGGUGAUCAAUCUCUUUUUCUUCGAGGAGGUCGCCUCUUACAGCAGUGUGUCAUAGAUAAUUACGUGAAGAUUGAGUCCAACAAAUUAAGAUGGAUACGUACUCAUCAAAAUCACAUUCGAGCAGAUUUUUAUCAAGGUCUUCUAGAUGCAGUACAUGCUGGUGAAAAUUAUGGAGAGUCUGAUAUUUUCCUUAUAAUGACCUAUAAUCCAAAUUGGCCUGAAAUUAAAGUUGAGUUACUACCUGGACAGUCACCACAUGAUCGUCCUGAUUUGCUAACAAGAAUAUUUCAUUCGAAAUUUGAUGAGAUUAAGACCGACAUUCUUACAAAACAUGUACUCGGGAAGGUUCUAGCAUAUGCAUAUGUUAUUGAGUACCAAAAAAGAGGCUUACCACAUGCCCACAUGGUCAUUAUUUUGGAUGAAAAUGAUGAGUUAUGCACUCCUGACGAUUAUGAUAACAUUGUCAGAGCUGAAAUUCCAGACAAGAGAUCAGAGCCUAGAUUAUACAGUGUAGUUCUCAAAUACAUGAUACAUGGCCCAUGUGGAAUAAGAGAAAGGGAGUCAGUUCCUUUAGAUAGUAACCCAAGCGUCUUGGCGGAUAAUAGUUGGGUCAUUUCGUACAACCCAUGGUUGCUCUUGAAAUAUGAUUGUCAUAUCAAUCUUGAAAUUUGCAAUAGUGUUACAAGUGUGAAGUAUUUAUACAAAUUUAAAUAUGUUUAUAAAGGGCCUGAUCGUGUUGCAUUAGAAGUUCGUCAAGGUCCUAAUUAUGAUAAAGUACAACAGUUCAUAGAUGGAAGAUGGGUUUAUGCUCCAAAAGCAUUGUGGAAAAUAUUCAAAUUCCUAAUGACCAAAAUGACUCCUACGGUAGAACGCCUCCAAAUACACUUACCAAAUAUGCAGCAAGUAAGAUUUUAUACGUUCCAAGACAUCACCAACGUUUUAGACGAUAAGUAUUAUUCCAGAACAAUGCUUACCCAAUUCUUUCAAUUAAAUGUUGAUGAUGAAACUGCAAAUCGGUACUUAUAUCGAGAGAUCCCGCAACAUUAUAGAUGGUGUAAUAGUGCAAAGAUUUGGCAGUUGAGAUUGAACCAUCAAAGAGUAAUUGGUAGAAUUUACACAGUUUCACCAUCAGAAGGGGAGAGAUUUUACCUGAGAAUUUUACUCAAUCAUAUCCGAGGACCAAAAUCAUUUGAUCAUUUGUUAAUGGUUAAUGGAAUUACGUACCCAACUUUUAAACAAGCAGCUGAACAUCAUGGUUUGUUAGAGCAUGAUGAUAGCAUACGACAAUGUUUGUUAGAAGCUGUAACCAUGCACAUGCCAUCAACUUUAAGGAGAUUGUUCGUUACAAUUUUGGUUUACUGUGUGCCAACAGGGGUGCGAAGUUUGUGGGAUGAAAUUUAUCCUUACUUGAUUGAAGAUUACAUAUCUUCAAACAAUAUGAAUAAUAUGUAUAUCCUUAACAAAACCCUGCAAGAUAUAAACUGUCUUCUGCUACAGCAUAAUAAGAACAUAUCAAAAUACGAUUUGCCUGAGAUGACAAUGAAUUUGGAUGAUAAUCAACAGUUCCAAAGGUCAUACAAGAUGAGCUUUCCAUUGUAA